AUAAAAAAAAAUAAAUAAAUAAAAUGGGACGUAGAAAGAUACAAAUUCAACCUAUUAAAGAUGAUAGAAAUAGACAAGUAACAUUCCUGAAAAGAAAGCAUGGUUUAAUGAAGAAAGCUUAUGAACUUAGUGUAUUAUGUAAUUGUGAAGUAGCCUUAGUUAUCAUUCCCCAAAAUAAUAAUAAAAUGAUACAAUAUUCAAGUUCUGAUAUGAAUACUAUAUUAAAGAGAUUCAAGCAGAAUGAUAAACCAAAAGAAGUAAAGACAAACAAAGAUUUUGUAGAAAGUAAAGAUAAUGAAGUAGAAGAUGAAGAUGAAUAUAGCUUACGACAACAACAACAACAACAACAUUUAGUUACUAGCCAACAACAGCCUAUCUUAAUUCAACCUAAUAUGAUGUAUAACUCUUUAUUAUAUUCGCAACAAACACCUGCUUUAUAUCAUUCACCUCAACAUCAACAACAAGAAAUUACUCCAGAUCAAUCUCCUAGAUCAGAGCCUGGAACACCUGAUAAUAAAAGACCGAAACAAUUAAUAAUAAAUCCCGAAGAAUUUAAUUAUUCAAAUGCUUUGCCUUCUCAAUUUGUUCAAAACUUGCCUUCUCCUUCUACUUUUUAUCCUGAAUUUUAUCCCCAAUCAAAUUUCAUCAUGAGCCCGAUCCAUACUAACUCAGCAUUUACGAUACCGACUAUAAAACAAGAACCUUAUCAUCAUCAACAACAACAAAAUGAAACCAUGACAACAUCGAGGUAAUAAAAUAAAAUAAAAUUAAAAAAAAAAUGAUUUGUAAUAAAUGAAUUUUGAAAUCUUAUUUGUAGUAGUCAUUUACUAGGAGGAGGACCGAAGAGGUUUAUGCCGCAACAACAACCAAUGAUAAAUAAUGAACAAAAAUUAGUUAAACUAUUAUAAACACUUACACCUAUAAUAUAUACACACACCACACACUUGUAAAUAAUUUUUUUUUUCUCUUUCGAUUCAUGAUCACUGUAUUGUAUUUUUAUUUAUAAUAAAAAGAUUAUAUUAUUUAUUU